AUGAGCAUAGCCGCUAGGUCACUGUUCUGGGUGGUCUCAUUUGGCACCCUGGGCUACGGCCUCUUCACAUUUGUUAAACCUGAUGAUGAACUCCUCAAAAAGAUUGAUAAUUCCUCCAAACACACUGAUUCUCGGAGGGCAGCCCGGGAUACCAUAGCAGUACUAAAAGAAGCCAUAAACCAGGAUUCAGAAAUCAAAAGACUUAGCAGGCGAGAUGCACAACGGUUAGAAAAGUUACAAAAGGCACAUAAGGCUAGGGAGGAAGUUGAAGCGACAUCGGAGACUGAAGAUUACUUUUCCGGGGCAUUCAAAAUAAGAUCUGAAAAUGUCGAGCAAUUGUUAACACAAGUACCAAGUUUGGAAAUCGAUAUUUUAGCCCAGCACUUUGACAUUGUAAAGCGUGAAAUCAAUGAAUUGCAAAAGUUUGUUGUCACUUCAUCAUUCUUCCUCAAAGAGUUUAACAUGAGAAAAUAUUUAAGCAUUGUACAGAACUUGCAGACAAAAUGCUACGAACUUGAAGAUACAUUUGUCCCGCGGAAGAAAUUUGGAUUCACAAGAAAGAAGCUGCCAAAAUCUCAUAGUCAGAAGCAAAAUUCAAUCGAUGAAAGCAAUAGCAGCGGCAAAAUUGACAGUAACAAAUGGGACGAAAAGUUAUUCGGUUUCGAUUCUAAAGAGGACAAAGUGUUGUCAUUGGAGAAUGUUGAUUUGUUCCAAAGAGAUGUAGCCUUACGUAACUUGAAAAACUGUACCGUUAGUUUAAAAGGAGUGAUGGGUACUUUACAUAUAACAAACUUGGAUAACUGUAUUGUGCUCUCCGGACCUGUGACGUCAUCAGUUUUUGUAGAGAAAUGCACCAAUUGCAAGAUAGUGACCGCCUGCCAACAACUUAGAAUGCACAGCUCUUUGAAGUGCGACAUAUACUUACAUGUGACUAGCAAAGGGAUCGUUGAAGACUGUUUGGAUAUUCGCACUGCUCCUUACAACUUGACAUAUGAAGAUUUAGAAAAGCAUUUUAAUAUGUCCAUGUUAGAUAGAAAUUCCAAUAAUUGGGAUUGCUUGGACGAUUUUAAUUGGCUGGCUCCAGAUAUACCUUCUCCUAAUUGGUCAAUUCUGGAUGUAUCUCAACGAGUGACCAAUUGGGAUGAGUGGUGGUCUAAAACACCCUUAUAA